UUGACACUUUAAAAUAUUGUCAGAUGAAACAAAACCCUUUCGAAACCGAGAAUCAUGAGCGGUGGUUAUGGCAGCUGCUCUUCACAUCACUUCAUCACUCCCUUAAACCAAUCAAACUCUCUCAGAACAAGACCCACCAAAUGUUCUCUCAAUCGGCCCUUCCCUUUUUCCCUAAACCCCUCAAAUUCCAGCUUCCCAUUUUCAAUCAGUGUGUCAAAUAUUCGAUGCAAGUCCCGGUUCCUCCUUCUGCAACGAAUUCUGCGUUCAAGAGUUUGUUGGAAACUUUCACGGUUGACGUUCAUAAAGCUGAGAACAGACCACUCAAUGUACCUUUGAUUGCCCCUUUCACCAUAGCCAAUUCUAGGCUUGAUAAGGUGGAGAACGUGGCCAUCAAGAUUGAGCUGAGAGAUGGAUGUGUUGGUUGGGGUGAGGCUCCGAUUCUGCCUUUUGUUACGGCGGAGGAUCAGCCUACUGCCAUGGUUAAAGCCAAGGAGGCCUGUGAGAUGCUCGAGAGUUGUUCUUUCAUGACUCUUGGGGCACUACUUGGUGAAAUUUCUGAUCUUUUGCCUGGCCAUCAGUUUGCUUCAGUUAAGGCAGGAGUUGAGAUGGCAUUGAUCGAUGCAGUUGCUAAGAGCAUUGGUAUACCUCUAUGGAGACUAUUUGGUGGAGCUUCAAAUACGAUAACCACAGAUAUAACAGUUCAGUUUCUUUCCCUUUUCAUUUUCAGUUUACUUCCCCUUUCAUCUUUUAAGAACCUUAUAUAUUUGCAGAUUCCUAUUGUCUCCCCAGCCGAAGCUGCUGCAUUAGCUUCAAAGUAUCGCAGACAAGGAUUCGAAACUUUGAAGCUUAAGGUGGGAAAGAACCUGAAAGCUGACAUUGACGUUUUACAAGCAAUACGUGCUGCCCACCCUGAUUGUUCAUUCAUUCUGGAUGCUAACGAGGGAUAUAGACCUGAGGAGGCUAUUCAAGUUCUUGAAAAAUUACAUGUAAUGGGAGUGACUCCUGUUCUUUUUGAACAGCCAGUUCAUAGAGAUGAUUGGGAAGGCCUUGGUCGUGUUAGUCAUUUCGCGAAAAGCAAAUACGGGGUAUCUGUUGCUGCAGAUGAGAGCUGUCGAAACUUAGCUGAUGUUAAGAAAAUAGUGCAGGGAGAACUUGCAGAUGUUAUUAACAUUAAGCUUGCUAAAGUUGGAGUCAUCAGUUCUCUUGAAAUUAUCGAUUUGGCCAGGGCAUCAGGACUAGACCUCAUGAUUGGUGGUAUGGUGGAAACCAGGUUGGCUAUGGGCUUUGCGGGCCAUCUUGCCGCCGGCCUUGGAUGUUUCAAAUUUGUUGACUUGGAUACUCCCCUUCUGCUGGCUGAAGAUCCAGUUCUUGAUGGAUAUGAGGUUCUUGGAGCUGUUUACAAGUUCACAGAUGCUACAGGCCAUGGUAGUUUCCUUCCCUGGGAAAAUGUCACAUUGUAAGCCUCUAGUUUACCACAUAAUUUCCUUUAGAAGGAAGCAUAUGGUCAAAGAUCAAGUAGCAGGGUGUUCAUAUUUGUAAGGGGAACAAU